AUUGUAAGUAACUUUGCGGUGAUCGUUAAAAAUUUAGCGAUCUGUGUGCGUUAGGCGGUUUUCAACUAAUUUUACCCUACAAUAAUAGUCUAUGCAUGGUUAAGUAAUUUUAGAAGAAGAUUAUGACAAUUCGUUAACCUCAAUUUUGGCUUCUGACUACCAAAUAUUUACUUUUAAAAUAUAAAUCUGAACACAUUCUCGAAAUGGAUAAUGCUAAGGCUAGGGUAAACACGUAUAACGGGACAGAAUAUUCAAAAUUAACGCCAGAUAUUUAUUUUCUAAUCCAGAGAUUUUUGUCGGCUGGGAUCCUGCAAAAGACGUUUCAGACUUUAAAUGAAGAAUUGGAAGAAAAAAAGAUUUUGCCUAAACGAAUUGACUGGCUAGGUAGUCGACAUGAUAGAUCCGUUGAAGAUAUGGAGCAACAAUAUCCCUACAUACACCGAGACUUUCUUUAUUUCUUGUGCCGGCAAGCAUCACUAUCUCUUAACCCGAAUAAUAUUGAGACCUCCAUUUUAAGUUUUCGACCUAAAUCGAAGAACAAAAACAAUAUUUUGCAUAAUUAUAAUCAGUUCUACAACUAUGUCACUCAUUUACAUGGGGCACCUAUACAGGAACUGAAAGUACCUUUUAAUAUUGUUAACUGCAUUCAAGGUAGACAAGUUGCUGGACCCUUUACCAGACACCGUAUUAUAUCACCUCGUUUUUAUAAAAACCUACAAAUCCAGCGGACGACUUUAGGUCAUCUUUCUGCGGUUUAUUGUCUGCUCUUCGAUCAUAGCGGGAGGUAUAUUAUAACUGGGGCAGAUGAUUUGCUGAUAAAGUUAUGGUCGACUUACACGGGAAGGCUAAUAUCUGUAUUUCGGGGAGCUUCUUCAGAAAUUACAGACAUUGCCAUUGAUCCAGAGAACAGUUUAUUAGCUGCAGGGUCAAUUGAUAGGAUUUUGAGGGUAUGGAAUUUACAAAACGGGGCUCCAAUUGCGGUCCUCACGGGUCACACCGGUAUGAUAACGUCAGUUAACUUUUGUCCCACGGCGUGCUGGGAUGUGCGGUACCUAAUAAGCACAAGUACUGAUGGUUCCAUAGCUUUCUGGACUUAUAAUUAUGACAAUUUCGGAAAAGUCGAGUUUCGGAACACUCCAGUGCUUUAUCAGGAAAAAAUACGCCCGGGACAGUCACAAAUGAUAUGUUCGUCCUUCAGUCCAGGCGGUACUUUCCUCGCCACGGGUUCAGCAGACCAUCACGUACGAGUGUAUUACAUGAAAGGCGAUGAGGGGCCGCAAAGGAUUUUGGAGACUGAAGCACACACAGACCGAGUAGAUUCAAUACAGUGGGCCCAUUUUGGCUUAAAGUUUUUGUCAGGUAGUAAGGAUGGUACCGCUAUUAUUUGGUGGUUCGAGCGGCAACAGUGGAAGAGCAUACAUCUCGAUAUGACAAACAAAUUGCCAAAUGACACCGAACUGUCGGAACAUGACGGUAAGAAACUCAAGGUCACAAUGGUAACCUGGGAUCGUUCAGAUUCGUGGGUGGUGACCGCGGUGAGCGAUUGGAGCCUUAAAGUGUGGGACGCGUCCACCGGCGAACUGGUUAAGGUUCUCACGGGACACAAAGAUGAAGUCUACGUUCUUGAGGCUCAUCCUCAUGACGAAGACACCAUCCUGUCGGCAGGGCACGAUGGUCAGCUGUUCGUGUGGGACAUUAAGACAGGGGAGAUCGUGGCCAGGUAUUUGAAUAAUGUAGAAGGACAGGGUCAUGGGGCGAUUUACGAUGUCAAAUGGAGCCCCGAUGGGAGUCUCAUCGCCGCGAGCGACUCGUAUGGUUAUAUUUUGACGUUUGGAUUCGGAAGUGGCAAUCCUUUUUACGAUCAGCUGCCAAAAGAGCUGUUUUUCCAUACGGACUACCGUCCCCUGGUGAGGGAUCAAAAUUACUGGGUUCUGGAUGAACAAACCCAAGUGCCUCCCCAUUUAAUGCCUCCCCCUUUCCUGGUGGAUAUAGACGGCAACCCUUAUCCACCUAUGCUGCAAAGACUAGUACCUGGACGAGAGAAUUGCAAAGUGGAUCAGUUGGUGCCCAACAUCGUUAUUGGUACUGAAGGUACUCAAGAGGUGAUCCAGGAUAUACCCAGAAGACUGCUUGAGGACAGCGAGGACGAGGACGUCCGAGGUAACGCUGGUGGCUCUCACAGGAGUCAGAGGAUAAGACAAAGCACCGGAGACUGGCAAACUGACCCGCACAUGGAAUGGAAAAAAAACGACCUCGUGCCGCCCUUGAAACCGCCCAUCCUUGAGCGGGCGCAAGAAAUAAGGGAGUUAACAAAAGAGGUUGAAAUGAAAACCUAUCAAAAGCAAUUACGCCAGAGACCGCACAUGAUAUCUACCGCUAUACCCAGCAGUUCAAAAGCCAAAGAUAAGAAAAAAAGCGAGCCUAGAAAACCCAAGUGUAAAAGGAAAGGUUACCAACCGCUGACGGAGGAAGAUUACGAAAAAUAUGACGUGGUCCCUUUGUCCGACGGGGAUUCCGGCGAUUCUUCCGGAUAUUCGGACUGGAUGGAGGAGGAGGGCCUGCGGGAGAGCAAAAAACCGAGCAGGCCCAGCCGGAGGUCGGCGUACAAUUGCCGGAAAGUGGACGACGACGACGACGACGACGACGACGAAACGGACGACGACACCACGGAAGACGAGGAAGAAGUUAUAGAGAGGAAGACUUACAGUAGAAUUAGAGAAAACAAUAGCACUGCCAAGGUUUCGAAAGCAUCUACAUCGAGAUGCAAUUCGGUUGGGAAGGUCAACAACUCGUUGACGAAAUCGGCAUCGGCGCCGAAGGCGAAUCACGUGAACGCCGCGUGCUCCACCAGCGGCGUAUCGAGAGGACCCAAAUUAAAAAUAUCCGAGCAAUACAAGCUCAGCGAGUGGCUGUCCGAGACGCGUCCUCGAAAAUCCCCCUACUACCCCCAGAUCCAAGACGAUAUCGUCUAUUUCGUCCAAGGUCAUCAGUUGUACGUGGAAGCGGUUCGUAUGAAGAGCGUCUACGACGUCAACCUCAAAGAGAUGCCCUGGAGCACGAUGCAGCUCAGAGACCAUGAGUUUUGUCGCGUGGUCGACAUACAGUACGAGAUAAAACCUCCGAGGUUGUGCUGCUUACAAUUGGAGUUGAUGAACGACGAGUGUCGUUUGACCGGGAAAUAUUUGACGAUACGGUACCACGACAUGCCCGACGUUUUAGAUUUCUUCGUCCUCAAGCAGACCUACGACGUCGCCAUAUCCAGAAGUUGGAAUAUCGGAGACAAGUUUCGAUGUAUGAUCGACGACAAUUGGUGGAUGGGCUCGAUUUUGAACAAGUCCCCAGCGAGCGAGUUCUUUCCGGAGUCGUUCUUCAUGUGCUACCAGAUCGAGUGGACCAACGGCGAGCGCGAACGUAUGAGCCCUUGGGACAUGGAACCCAUCGACGAACAAAGGUUGCCCGAGGACGAAAAAGCCGCCAUCCCCGUUCUCGACAACGAGCUGACGGCCAUCCUGUACAAAUCCACCCCCGAAGACUGGCCCAACUGCGAACGAAACACUGCCUGCAAAGCUAUCACCAAGGGAAUCACUCAGGUUAUGGAACUGGCCAUCGCGGAACCGUUCCUCGUUCCGGUGGACAUAAACGUCUACCCGUCGUACGCGUUGAUAGUCGAAUACCCGAUCGAUUUGUCGACGAUCAAGGCGCGGUUCGAGAACAAUUUCUACCGACGACUGGCGGCCGCACAGUUCGACAUCCCGUACAUCGCGACGAACGCGGAGAAAUUUAACGAGAAGCACAGCAUCAUCGUGAAACACGCGAAAAUCCUAACCGAACUGUGCCUUAGGAUAGUACAGAGCGGCAACAAUCGUAUCGACAUCGCGUCGAUCUACCACCAAUUGGUGGACGGCUACGAGUCGCCCGGCACCGAGGAAAGCGACGACGACGACGACGACGACGCGACGGCUGCGACGCCCUCCACGAGCCGAACUUUGCGCGACCUAUCGGGUCGGGCGUGGACAUCGGCGGACCAGUGGAUGACGGAUGCGCGACACAUUUUGGACGUCGUGUGGGCGAACGACGACGCGGAACCUUUCAGGACGCCCGUCGACAUCGCCAAGUAUCCGACGUACCAGCAGAUCAUCAGACACCCGAUGGACCUGGGCACCGUCAGAGAGAAACUGUCUAGGAGGGCGUAUAAGACGCCCGUCGAGUUUAGUUCCGACAUGCGGCUCAUUUUUCAAAACUCUAGGGCGUUCAAUACCAACAGAAAGUCGAGGAUCUACACAAUGACUAUGAAUUUGUCGUACGUGUUCGAGAGCAACGUAAAGCGGCUGCUGUCGAACUGGCGCUACUUCCAAAGGCGCGUAAUAUUUACUAGGUUUCCCGCGAAGCCGCUUUCGUCGUCGUCGUCGUCAUCGUCGUCGUCGACCUCGAAAUCCGACGCCGUGUCUGUGCGCAAAGUGGCAUCCCCCGCGGAGGAUAGCGAUAGCGACAACACGCCGCUCGACGUGCUAAAGUCGUUGACCAAAUCCGGCACGAAUACGGAGUCUGACAGCGCGUCUGCGGGCCUCAAGCAUCCCGUCAACGGGCGCAAGAAUAAUCCAGAGUCGGACUCUGAAGAGGGCUCCAAGACUGAGGACGAAUACAAGCCGCCGAAAACGGCAUCGUUCGAUGAAGACGACGAGGAAGAGGAGAGCGAACCGCUUCGAAGGAAAAGCGGCCUCAGGCAGAGACCGAAACGGAAUCGAGCGUACGCGCAGAGUGACGACUCUUCGGACGACGACACCCUGGCGAGUAUUCGGACCAGGAGAAAGAGACAGCGGAUAGUGGAAGACAGUGAGAGCGACAGCGACGACGGAUCGGGUAACGGUGCGAACGGUUCGCGGUGUUUCGAGAGCGUGAGCAGCAGGGGGCGGGUCCGGAAGAUCACCGAGAAGGCGGCCGCGUUCUUGAAGAAAGACAAAAAGCUGGCGUGAUGUAGGGCGGGGUUUUGCGUCGGAAAGUUCCGUAGACGGUGCAAACGUUGUCGGAGGCGGUAGUUUGCGCGACUGGUGCGGCGCCACACUUAAGUUUUCGUAAGGUUUUACGUGAUUUCGCAGUAUCGUUCGUGGUGGUCACGAGUAACUCGCAAAAACUGAAUUAAAUUUAAUUUUUAGCGUGUUUUCUUUUUAU